AUGUCUGACAUCGAUGACGAACUCCUUGCCCUCGCGGGUGGUGGUGAUGUGUCUUCGGACGAGGAGGAUGCGGCUUCUAUGGACAUGAGCCGCGAGGAGUCGCAGUCUCCUCCUCCCGUUAAGAAGAAGGAGGCACCAGCAAAGGGUGUGGCGACAAAGAAGGUGGCUGCAAAGAAGACCAAGAAGAGGCGCCAGGAAGACUCAGAGGAAGAGGGCGAAGCAUCCUCGGCCCCUUCCUCUCCCAACUCCCUCGAUUCCGCCCCCAUGGACGAAUCCGACUCCGACUCAGACUCUCCUCAGAGCAAAAGCCGCGACGAUGAGGGAAGCAAGUACCCCGUCGAGGGCCUGUUCAUGAGCCAUGCCGAGAAGGCCGAGAUCAUGGCGAUGCGAGAGUUUGAACGAGAGCAAAUUCUCGCCGAGCGAAAGGAAGAGAAAGAGCGCAUGCGUCAGAACGCGCUACUGCGCCAACUCGUGACGAAUCAGGAGAACGAAGAGAAGAAGCACAAGAAGCGCAAGGCGAGCGCCGCAGAUCUUGAGGAUGGCCAGAGGAAGACUUCGCGGGUCCGGAAGGAGACGAGCUCGGCUCUCGACACUCUAAAGCGAGCCAGAGCAGAGAAGAGCGAACGGAUGCGCCGCAGGGACGAGCGAAAGGAGAGAUCUCCUUCCUUCCGAAUCGACGAUGCGGAUGCCUCUGGCGAUAGUGACGUCGAGUGGGCCGGACCGUCCAAGCAUAAGUCACGAUCUCCAGAAAUCAAGGAGGUGCCUCUCGCUGAUUUCCGGGACGUCGAGAGAGUACGGGUGGGCCGCAGUCGAUUCGCAGAGGUCUGCUUCUUCCCAGGCUUUGACGAGACGAUCACAGACUGCUAUGUACGUAUUAAUGUCGGUCCUGAUCCUGACACUCGCGAGAACGUCUAUCGCAUGGCAGUCAUCAAAGGUUUCAACACGGGCAGACCGUACGCAAUGGAGGACCUUCGUGGCAAGCAAUUCGUCACAGAUCAGUAUGUCAAGGCAGCCCACGGCAAAGCUGUACGCGACUGGCCGUUCAUCGCUUGCUCAGAUCGUCCGUUCACCGAGACUGAGUGGAAUCGGUAUCAGAAAACCUGCCAGGCAGAGAACGUCCCACUGCCCAAGAAACCUGCGCUAGCCAACAAGAUCGACGACAUCAAUCGUCUUGUCAAGCGAACCUGGACAGAAGAAGAGCUACAGGUCAAGCUCGACCGCCAGCAGAAGCUGAAGGCUCGUUUCAGCGGUGUUGAGCGAGAACGCCUCGAGAAGGCUAUUGAGAAAGCCAAGAACCAGGGCAACGACCAGCGAGCCAACGAGCUGCAGGAUGAGCUUGACAAGCUCGAGACGCCGCGCCUCGCUUUUAGGACAUCGCUGGCGCCCGCUGGCACUAAAUCCGCCUCCACCCCCAACACGCCGUCCCAGCAGGAGCGCCUGGCAGAGCUCAACCGCCAGAACCGGAAGCGCAACCAGGAAGCCGUCCGACGGGCGCAGAUCCUCGAGAAGAAGAAGGCGCGCGAUCUCGAGGCGCGCAUUGAGCGCGGCGAGGCGGUUGAGGAAGACACGUCGCGCCGGCUCAAGACAAAGGCCAAGUUCAUCCACGACGUCAACGAGAAGAUCGAGCGCAAGGCGGGCGCGGACAGCCAGAACGCCAGCGGCACCAGCACGCCGGCCAACGGCGGCACGCCUCGCCUCGGCGCACAGAAGCCCCAGCCGCUGCUUCCUCACCUGGCCAAGCUGCAGGCGCAGAACGCCACCAAGAACGGCAUUCCCACGAUCCACAAGCCGCUCAUGGACGAUGAUAUCAUCGGGGCGUUGGAUCUAGACAUUGAUGUUGAGAUCGACUGA